AUGUACUCGAAAUUAAUUGUUCUUGGGGUUUUUUUGCCUGUUUGUUUUCUAGUUUGCAGUGAGGCGCCCUUUAUCAAGCAAACAAAUGCCAUCUGCAAGUCCCACAACAAGUCGUGGGUCGUUUUUCAUUACUGUCAACUAAAGGCGUAUGCUCGAAACAAGACCAGCUUAAAUAUAAAUGUAACAUUUAUAUACCCAGCCUACAACAUUCAUCUUAGAGUGAAGAUUUUGAAAAGAGCGAAUGGAUACAAGCCAUUUCUGUAUGAUUACACCAUCGAUGCCUGUCAAUUUAUGCGAAAACGAAAUCAUCCCGUCACCAGAAUCAUCUGGGAUAUGAUAAAGAACGUAUCCACAGUGAAUCACACCUGUCCUUAUGUGGGCCUGCAGUCGCUGAGCGAUUUUUAUGAUGUUAAAAUUCCGGUUCCAUUGCCAACUGGAGACUAUUUACUGAUAUUAACUUUUUUAUUCGAUGGUAAGCCGCAGUUUACUACGAAGAAUUAUUUUCUAUUUAAGGAAGAUUUCUGA